CUGAAUGAUAGAUCAGAGGUAAAUUUUGCUUUGGCGUCGCAAACAGUUACUCAUAAUGAUUAGAAGACUAUCAUUAAGCACAGUAAGCAAGGAGGCUGGCUUAUCGCGCAAGAUAAGGGAAUGCCAAAAUUCUCUAUUCUCUACUGUGGUGGAAAAAACUAACAAGAAACGUCGCCUGAAUGUUGGAGUUCUGGGAGCAGGGCGCAUUGCCACUUCUGUCCAUAUCCCCAAUAUUCUCAGGGACAGGAGAUACAAUAUAAACUGGAUCAUUGAGGAGAGUGACCAGCAAACUCAAAAAUGCCAAGAAGAGCUCUUUAUUCAGGAUAUACCAUUCUUCAAGGCCAUAGAGAGAAAGCGAUUACUAGCUGAUAAAGGAUUAGAUGCCAUUUUUAUAUUUAGUCCAACAGCAACCCAUGCAGAAUUCAUUUGUGAUGGCCUAAAAGAAGGUAAAUCAGUCAUGGUGGAAAAGCCAACUGCAGAGUCUUACACUGACAUUAAGACCUGCUAUGAAACAGCAGAAAAAUAUGGGGCAGUUCUCCUAACAUCUUUUCAAAGGAGAUUUGAUUCAGCUUUUUCUGAACUAAAAGAAACAGCCCUGAGUGGACGUUUGGGGGAGCUGCAGUUAAUUAGACUCACCUCUCGAGAUAAUCCUAAACCCUCAUACGAAUUCCUGUCUAAUGCUGACAGCACUGGUUGUAACCUGAUUUCUGACAUGGCCGUACAUGACGUUGACAUGAUGGUUUGGUUAACAUCCUGUUCUAAGCCAAGAUCAGUGUUUGUCAUGACACAUAUCCGAGACGAGAUGCUUCAGAAGAUUAAGGAGCCUGAUGCUGGGGUCAUUUGUGUAAAGUUUGAAAAUGGAAUGAUUGCCACCAUUGAUGUGUUCAGAGAGUGUGUAUACGGCUACGAUAUCAGAGCUGAGUUAUUUGGUACAAAGGGAAUGGCAAUGGCCGACAACCCUCGGAGGUCCUCAUUCUGUGUGGAUUAUUUAGAGGGCUCAAAUAUGCCCCCGCUACAUUACUCCUUCCCCCAGAGAUUUGAGAAAGCUUUUGCAACUGCUGUGUCCCAUUUCUAUAGCUGUCUUGCAGGUGAAGUUAAACCUCUUAUAACAAAAGAAGAAUGCUUAAUGGUGUCCCAGAUCAUAGAUAAAGCAGUGGAGUCUUACCAAACAGGACAAGUGGUGAACUUCUGAGUGGUACCAAACAGGACAAGUGGUGAACUUCUGAGUGGUACCAAACAGGACAAGUGGUGAACUUCUGAGUGGUACCAAACAGGACAAGUGGUGAACUUCUGAGUGGUACCAAACAGGACAAGUGGUGAACUUCUGAGUGGUACCAGUGGGACAAGUGGUAAAUUUCUGAGUGGUACCAAACAGGACAAGUGGUAAACUUCUGAGUGUCCCGGAAUACUAGUCUUGUGUUCUGACAUAUUAUUAUAAUAUUUUUUUUUCUAAAUGUCAUAUUGUUGUGGUUGUCCAAGAUAGAGUUCUUUAGCAGUGAGAAACUGUUUACACUGUAUCUCAUGUUGACAUGUUACAUGUAGCAGAGUCCAGAGCUAAUUAGAUAACAUAUUAGUGGUACAGAGAAUGUAGUAACAAAUUAUUAAAGUACUUUAUAUUUACAUUGGGGCAUAUAUAUAAUUGAAAAGGAGCUGUAUAUGUAUUGAAAAUAUCAUAAUGUCUUCCAUUAAUUUGUAUAAGUGAGAUGUUUGAAAUGAAAUUCCCUUGCAAACUAUGCAUUAGCCCUUGUUUUUUUUUCAUGAAUCCAAUAACCAUGAUAUUUAAAAAUGACAAUAUGUAUGUUUUAUGGGCAUAAUAUUUUUUCCCAGUGAGGUCAUCUGUACAUUUUUUU